UAUAUAGUGUGUGCCGAUUUGAUCCGAGGUGCCAAGGAGAAGAGUCUGAAGGUGAAGGGUCCUGUGCGUAUGCCCACCAAGACUCUUCGUAUCACUACUCGCAAGACGCCAUGUGGUGAAGGUUCCAAGACCUGGGACAGAUUCCAGAUGCGGAUUCACAAGCGCCUCAUUGAUCUUCACAGUCCAUCUGAGAUCGUCAAGCAGAUCACCAGCAUCAGCAUUGAGCCUGGUGUUGAGGUGGAGGUCACCAUUGCAGAUGCAUAAUUGCUGUCACCCCACUUAAUCAGCUGUGUGUUUGCUCUCAGCUCAAUAAAAUUGAGAUUUUUGGA